AUGUCGCCGCUGCUGCUGCCACUGCUCUUCCUGGGCUUUUCAACGUUCUGCGGUCAGUGCGCCACCAUAUCGAUCUCUCCGGGAGGCACCGCAUUUCAGGAUGCCCUCGAUGAGGUCAACCCUGGUGACGUCAUCGAGAUCGGGCACGGAGAUUACUGGGAAGAUAUCAAAACAACGAUCGAUGGAACGGCCGACAUGCCGAUCACUAUCCGCGGGGCUGGGGGGACGGACGACAGAGACAACGUCGUUCUUCGCGGCGAUGGCACUAGCAGCAGGGUGUUCGAAGUCAAGCACGACUACUACAUCAUCGAGGACUUCACAGUGAACGGAGACGCGGAAGAUGAUCCAGACCGCGGUACGGGUUCCGAUUCCAUCAAGGAAUUGUGGCGCGACAUACUAAUCUACGCCACCGGUAGGAGAUUUCCCAACCAUGGCGUCGUUACUUUGGUGUAA